AUGUAUUUCCGACAAGAGUCAUCAUCAGCAAAUAAACCUCCACCUUCAGUACCGCGACCAAGCUCCUCAGUGCUCCUUUUGUCACCGGCUAAUGAGGUCCUCUUGCUUCACCGCGUCCAUACGUCUUCUUCGUUUGCCUCAGCCCACGUCUUCCCGGGUGGAAACUUGGACCCUUACCAUGACGGUGCCAUCCCCGAUGAGGGAUCACCAGAGAGGCACCAGGAUGGGCUCGCAUACAGAAUAGGUGCAAUCAGGGAGACAUUUGAAGAAACAGGUAUUUUACUGGCGAGGAAGAACAACGAGCUUGUAAAUCUGGACGUCAAGGACAGAGACGCUGCGAGGAAGAUGAUUCAUGGGAAUCAAGUCAAGUUUCUGGAGUGGCUCGAGUCAGUAGGCGCUGAGCCAGAUCUUGAUGGCCUCAUUCCGUUCACACGCUGGGUCACACCGGCAACCAACAACAAGCGCUUCACGACACAGAUGUAUCUUUAUAUGCUCCCACAGUCACGUAGCGAUAUGCCAUCUGAGAUGCUCAUCCCUACACCUGACAAUGGAAUCGAGCACACAGCCGCGCUCUUCGCACCAGCGCAAUCCUUCCUAUCUCGGGCCUCGACCAACAGUAUCAUUCUCUUCCCGCCACAAUACUUCCUCUUAAAACUGGUUACCAAGAUCAUAACGAGCUCUUCGGAAGGCACGGGACCGCAGCAUAUUUCAGAACAAAGGGAGCAGCUGCUAUCGUUCCUUAAACAAGUGCCCACGACAGAGACGGAGAAGGGCAAGCAACACAAAACAUCCAUGAUUCCCUGGGCCGAUAAAGUUAUGAGCCCACAUAACUUGUUCAUAAGAAAACAGGAUAAGAGGAUUGUAUUGGGACUGGAUAAACCAGGACCUGAGCUCAGAGAUUCAGAGAGAGGAGGGGACUGGGAACGUGUGGUUCUCGUCAAUUUCGGCAAAGGGGGACCGACCAACGUCGAAGUAAGGGGGAGAGAAGAAGUCCUGGAAGAAGAGAGACAGAGUAAAUCUCAAGAGGAGAGGCUAUGA